AAAAAAAAUCCUUGAAAUUCUCUUAGAAAUACAAACAGAUGGUUAUGAAACAAAUGAUUUUAUUUUAACAGGUGGUUUACAUGUGUUAGGUUAUCGAUUUCCACCUCAAUUACAAGAUCGUUUAAAACGUUUUAUUAUUCAUACAGGUUAA